CCCCGGGGAGCCUGGCAGGGGCAGGGAAAGGGGCACGGAAAGGGGCAGGGGCAAGGAUGCCCGCACCCUACAACCGGCGCCCCCCAACCAACCAGGGAUGCAGCAGCCGCAGCAACCACCACCACCGCCGCAGCAACCACCACCGCCGCCGCAGGCCGCCCUGCCCCAAAUCAUCCAAAAUGCUGCCAAGCUCCUGGACAAAAAUCCGUUCUCCAUCAGCACCCCGAACCCCCUGCUUCCGUCUCCUGCGAGCCUCCAGCUGGCCCAGCUGCAAGCCCAGCUCACACUCCACCGGCUCAAAUUGGCCCAGACGGCGGUCACGAGCAACACUGCGGCCGCCACUGUGCUGAACCAAGUUCUCUCCAAAGUGGCCAUGUCCCAACCUCUGUUCAACCAGCUGAGACCCCGGGCGGUGCUCAGCACCCCCCAAGGGCAUGCGGGUGGACCCCAGCACCCAGUGCCCAGUUCCCAGUUCUCCCCAGGAGGGAUUGCCUUCCCCUCCUCCGGCCAGGCCGGGCCACCCCAGGGCCCCGGGCUGGGGCCAGGCCAGCCCCCCGGUGCCCUGAUGAUGCACCCUUUCAUCGCACAACCCCCUCCCCAGCCAGCGGUCAUCCUGGGCCUUGGGAAGGGAGUCCCUUCCCCAACGGCUGUGGCCGCAGGCUUUUACGACUAUGGCAAGCCCGGGGCCCUUCAGGCAUAUGCCUCGGAGGCAGAGCCUGGGAGCCAGCCCAGCUUUCUGUCCAGUGCAGCCCCAACCCCUGGAGGGGCCAACUAUGAGGGCCAUUACAGUCAUGCAGGACAUCUUAAGCCGGGCGGCCAAGCCACAUUUCAGAAGGACUUCUACGGACUAAACCCCCAAGAGCAGCACGUGCCAAGAGGACAAUCCUUGGGCUUUUCUGGUGACCAGCAUGUGACUGCUCACCCGCCUGGGAACCAGAAAGUAGAACCGGCCUCAGUCCCCCUCGGGGCCAGCACAAACAGCCACUGGGAAAGCCCCCAAGGCUUCCCGGGCCCAAGCAAGGGUGACCUCGUGGCCGGCUCUGGCCUGUGGCCCCCGCAGACCGACCAGCCCUACGAGGUUAGAAACGAGCUGUACGACCCCGAGGAGCCGACCCCCGACACCAAGUUCGGCCCCGGGGGUCCCGGCCCCUUCGGUAGGCUCAGCGACGGCCAGCCGGGCUUCGGCGGUCCCCGGAUGCGGCAGUCCGAGGAACAAGGCCAGAGCCUCCCGGCCCUGCAGCCCCAGGACCUCAACGACCUCCACGGUGUCACGCCCCUUCACCUGCCGCAUGUCUGCAGUAUCUGUGACAAGAAGGUUUUUGAUCUGAAGGACUGGGAGCAUCAUAUUAAGGGGAAACUGCACACCCAAAAAUGCAUGGUCUUCUCUGAAAACAUGGGUGUCCGGUGUAUUGUGGCAGCAGAAGGAACUUUACGCACCUCUCCAAACAGCACAGCUGUCUAUAACUCUCCUGGCAAUGAAGAUUAUACCACCAAUAUUGGAUCUGCUUACACUCCAGCUCCCACAAGGCCCUUUGCUCAGUCAAGCCCUGCAUUCCCUUCCACUUCUUCAGGAACAAAUUAUCCACAGAGGAAAGUCACUGCUGGCCGUGUAGUUCACAUCUGCAAUCUCCCUGAAGGAAGCUGCACUGAGAAUGAUGUCAUUAACCUGGGACUUCCCUUUGGAAAAGUAACCAAUUACAUCCUCAUGAAGUCUACCAAUCAGGCCUUUCUGGAGAUGGCAUACACUGAGGCAGCCCAGGCUAUGGUACAAUACUACCAAGAGAAGUCUGCUGUGAUAAAUGAUGAGAAAUUGCUCAUUCGGAUGUCCAAAAGAUACAAAGAACUCCAAUUGAAGAAACCCGGGAAGAAUGUGGCAGCCAUCAUUCAGGACAUCCAUUCUCAGAGGGAGAGAGACAUGUUCCGGGAAACGGACAGAUAUGGACUUGAAAGACCACGGUCCCGUAGCCCUGUGAGCCGGUCCCUCUCUCCAAGAUCUCAUACUCCUAGCUUCACAUCUUGCAGCUCCUCCCACAGCCCAGUGGGUACCUCACGGGCAGACUGGGGAAAUGGAAGGGAGGCAUGGGACCAGUCUCCCUUUUCCAGGAGAGAGGAAGACCGAGAACUGGUCCCCUGGAGAGAGAAUGGGGAGGAGAAGAGGGACAGGACGGACUCCUGGGUUCAUGAUCGGAAACAUUAUCUCCGGCAGUUGGACAAGUUAGAUUUGGAUGAUCGGAUCGAAAGUCUGAGGGGACACCGAGAGAAGUACACCAGGACUGGUUCUCCCAAUCCUCUUCACCCUUUGUCUGGAUAUAAAAGCCGGGAAGAUGACUAUUACCGAAAAGAGUCUAAACCAAAAGCUGACAAAUACCUAAAGCAACAACAGGAUGCCCUGGUCAAGUCCAGGAGAAAAGAAGAGUCGAGAUUAAGAGAAAGCAGACAUGCCCACUGUGAGGACUCAGGGAAGGAAGACUCGGAGCCAAAGGCCCACAGAACUUCUGAAAGCUCCAAGCAGAAACAGAGUGAGAAGAAUAAAACCAAGAAACUGGAUAGAGACCAAGAAGUUGCUGCUUAUCUGAAAGAAAGUGAUGUAGCCAAGAGUGAGCUUGACAAAGAGGACCCUGGCAUCAUUGGGAAGAUCUCACAUCCUCCAGACAGGCAACAGCGAGAAGCAGGUGAAUCUGAUCAGGAAAACUCAAGGAAAGAGAAGGAACAAGAUUGGGAGAGUGAAAGUGAGGUGGAAGGAGAGACCUGGUAUCCUACCAAUAUGGAAGAAUUAGUCACAGUAGAUGAGGUCGGAGAAGAAGAUUUCAUCAUGGAGCCGGAUAUCACUGAACUGGAGGAAAUUAUGCCAGUCAUCCCCAAGGACAAAACUGGCACUGAAAUGUCUCCCUGUGAAAUUAGCCCCUUGGAAUUGAAAAACAACCACAAUGAAUUAACAAAGGGUGAAUUGGCCAGUGAAGCAUCCCUAGAAACAAGCUGCAGGUCACCGAAAGGAAGUCCUGUCACUCCUGUGGGUGGUCCAGAGGACCUAGGAGAUGAAACAUCAAACAUAAAUCUCGAGGCCGCACAGAAACCUGAUGAAUUGGUGGAAGGCUGCACCCGCAAGGAUCCCUUCUGUCCUGAUCCUGAAGAAGAACAGAUUGAAAGUUCCGAGAGUCCUUUAACUCCAGAAGCACAGAAGACCCUUUCCCAAGAGCCAACCGAGGAAAGUGUCCAGCUCCCUGGCACCUUUUUGGGUCAUUUCAAGCCUGUGGCCUCACCAGCUGACUCUGCUCUGGAAGUAAUGCCUGCAGAGGAGAAUCCUAGCUCUCAAGAAGAGACGAGUGCCAAAAGCCAAGAUUGCCAAGGAAUAUUAACCCAGGAAAAUUCUGGGUACCUGGAAAUCAAAUCCCUGGAAUACGCAGAGGAAGAGACAAAACAACCACAUUCUCUGUCUUCCUGGGGACAAGAGGAUGUGUUCAGGGAACUUAGCAUUCCUUUAGGGGUAGAAUUUGUGGUGCCCAGAACAGGAUUCUACUGUAAGCUGUGUGGACUGUUCUACACAAGUGAGGAGACUGCAAAGAUAAACCACUGUCGGAGCUCUGUUCACUAUAGGAACCUUCAGAAGUAUUUGUCCCAGCUGGCCGAGGAGGGCCUGAAGAAGAGCGAAAGAGGCAGCAGCCCGGUGCCAGAGGACAUGGGAAUUGUUCCACAUUUUGAAAGGAAGAAGCUUUGAUGCUCCAGCAGGGAAGCUAGAAAGAAGCAAACACUGGCGCCUCGAUGUUUGUGAAUCAUUUGAAAGUGAAUCAACCAAAGGCUUCCCAGAGAGCAGCCUUUCUGAACAGAAGACACAUCUUUCCCUUGGUUAAUAUCACAUGCAAGACUUACUGUUUUGUAGCAUCAACAACAAAA